AUGUAUGUAUUUUUCGAGUCGUCUCUCUCCUUAGAUGGAAAGGGCUAUAGAAUCUGCACAGCAAGACCAGACCUCAUUAUACCCCUCAUGGCCAAUAAUCUGUGCUUAGAUGGUGAAGAUGACAUUCCAGCUUCUCCAGGUGAUAGUUAUCCUCUCGCUGAAAUGAAAACAGAAGGGUUCUGUAGUCUUCUAUCUGCUGUGACCUCAUACAAGAGUUCUAGCCUUUGCGAAUCUCAUGGGAGGACAUUUGAUAUUUAUGAGCAUAUUUAA